AUGAGGUAUGUGUGCACUGUCCCCUCUCUUCUCUUCUCUCCUCUCCUCUCUUCUUUUCCCCCCGAGAUCCACGCCAGUCCCUGUCUCCAGAAUCCGAACCCCGGUCUGGACACAGCGCAAAUGGCUGCCGCGAUUGAGAGUCAGCAGGCUGUUCCUCUGCCACCCGAUGGCCAUGACGGUUCAUCACCAUCCACCACCACUCGCAUCGUACCCAUUCCGACUCCGACCAUCCAAACAUCUGCCCCCUCGCCGGGAGAUCCCAUGGAGAUCACGACGCCUACCACCGCCGGCGGUCGAUCGCCCCCCCAUUCGCAAAACGGCACCAGCAUCAACGGUGGAAGCAAUAACAAUAGCAAUGGCAACGGCAGCGGCACCCCAGAAUCGAGCGCGAAGAACACGUCGCCGGGCGCAUCUCAACCUGCUGGCCACAUGAGCUCCAUGCCAGCCCCGCCGGCUGCUGCGGCGGCGGCUGUGCACCAGCCUAAGAUUGUGCAGACGGCCUUCAUCCACAAGCUUUACAACAUGCUGGAAGACCCAAGUAUACAGCACUUGAUAUCUUGGUCACCCACGGCCGAGAGCUUCGUCAUGUCUCCGUCGCCCGAUUUCUCUAAAGUUCUUGCGCAAUACUUCAAACACACCAACAUCUCCUCUUUUGUGCGACAGUUGAACAUGUAUGGCUUCCAUAAAGGCAAUCCGGAUAUGGCACUCUGGGAGUUUAAGCACGGCAACGGGAACUUCAAGAGAGGUGACCUCGUGGGGCUACGAGAGAUCAAGCGCCGGGCGUCGCGUCACGCGCUCGUCCACCGCGACUAUCCGAACACCAAGCCCAGCACUUCGCAGCCAGGUACACCUGCAGAGCCCAUGCCGCCGCCACCUCCAGAAAGUGCCGAGACGAGGGGAGGCAGUGUCGAGCACGCUUUGUACGAUCUGAGCAUGCGCCUUCAACGAAGCGAGGAGAGUGCGCACUUCAUGCACAUCAAGCACCAGGCUGUCAUGGAAACAAUGACACGAUUGCUGCAGUUCAAUCAGGAACUUUCAAGAGCGGUUUUGGGUCUCGUUCCUGACCAGGGACAUCCCUCCGAGAUGCACCGUCAGGCAGACCUACUCCGGUCUGUCGACGAGCCUGAGCCGCCAUUCUCUGCAAGCCGUUCGUACUUUUCCAACAUUGAGAACGCUCCCGUCUCUCCACGACAGAUGCCCCAAGACGACCCUAGGAGGACCAACCUGACGGUACCCUCGGCACGAGCUCCAUCGGAUCAAACACUGCGCCGCAAUCACCUUCUCCGCUGCGAGGAGCACCGCCACCUCCCCCGCAACCCCACCCGCUCGCGCAGGUUGCGCAUUCGGAGAUUGAUCCGCCUCCGGGAGUCUUGCUCGUCGGCAUACCUCGGCAGACAUCCGGGCUCCCGGAUGGCAAGGCAAUCCUCCAUUUCCGUCAUCCGGACCGCCAUCGACACAUUGGCCCUCGUCACCAAACCGCAUCGCGCCAGAGGAUCAGCGCAUCCGGGACUCACUUUCAACGUACUCAUUGCAGUCCGCCUCCCAGCAUCAUCCGUCAUCGAGGCCGGCAACACCGCCGCCGCCUUCUAA